CCCUCUCCCUUUUUUCUCUCCCUAUACGCUUCCUGUCUCCCCCGCCCCCCUCGCUAACUCUCUAUACCCCUCAAAAAUCUCUCUGACUGCCUGCUUCCAUCUCGGUGUCUUCUCUCACACAUCCCUUUCUCUACAGAGGUCUCUCACCCACCGUAUUAGCCUAACGCGCAGGUAAAAGACGACACAAUCCUAACACGUGACAGUUUCGUCAUUGUUAUUCCCCAAACAAAAACACUUUCAGAAAUAUCAAUGACGUCGGCAGCAAACAGCCUGAGCGUAAAUUUAAAUUGAAGGGUUAGAAUGGGGAUAGAUCUGAGGUGGAAGGACGUCAACUGGGUUUCAGCACCAUGGACAGCAGAUCACAGUCUCAUUGUGCCACCCAGCGGUCAUCCAUAGGAAUAGCAGCUUUCUCAAAUCCAUCCAAAUGGCGUCUUUUUGCGUUUGGGGAUCCAAACCGGCACAACACUGACCUCGUGUGUGUACUACAGGGCAUUGCAGUCCAUAAAACCGGCGCAUCGCAUCAAUUAGAAGACAAUGGGAAACUAUUCAAGUAAACGAGACGGUCUACGACCACCUCACUGAUCUUAGUUUAAAAAUGAAAUAAAACAAAAACGAAAAAGGAUUUUUUUUGUAAUUGUCUCAUCUUUUUGGCACUUUUUGGUGUGUUAUACUAUUCCUAAAAAAUGUAUUCUCUUUUUUGUGAAUGAAAUAAAUCAGAUUUUCGUAGUUUGGGUCAAGGAAUCAUGAAUUUGAUGUAAAGUGAUAUCUAUUACUGUACUACUCAUCUGAUAUACACACAUUUUUCAAGCCACACACGCACACACACAUUAAAACCACAGUAUAAAUGUGAUUAUACUCACAUAUAUUAAAACCACGAGAUAAAAGUUGUUAUGCUCAAAUGUUUCUCGCAAACGAAUGGCACUUUGCCCUGACAAACAUGGCGGCUCUGUUGACGUGCAAGUAUAGCUGGCCGAAGCUAUCAAUGUGGCGCCCAAAUCAACCGCACAACGACAAUAGACUGUGACGGAGGUCUUUCACAGUUAUCAGCUAUCACGAACACGCGGAAUUGCAUUUGUGGUCGAAUAGGUUUGAAGAACGCGCCAUAGUAUCGAGCGUCGUUGCGAUUUUGCUAGCUCUGAGCUGCCAUGCUGUUGGUCACGUGACCACCUUGGCUCGGGAGGAGGAAGUCGACACACGGAUGUGAAUUCAUCUUUCAUAAACGACCCGCACCGCUGCAUUAUUUUUGUUGUCCGUUCUAACGCAUCACUUCUUAAAGGAAAAGGUCCUCAAAAUGGCCGAGGAGCAUGCUCACUGCAUGUCCUGUGUCAACCUAAGAUGCGCGGUCAGACCUCUGCCAGGCGUUUCCUGCCAACUCACCAGCUGCCCUCUAACGUGCGGCGCAGUGUUUCACUCGUGCAAAGCCGAUGAGCACCACCUCCUGUGCUCGCUGCUGAGGGUGCCGUGCCUGAACAGCGCCUACGGCUGCCCCGCCGCCAUGACGCGCAACCAAAUGUCGGCACACUUGGAGGUGUGUCCGGCCGGGGUGGUGCGCUGCACCAUGGAGUGGAACCGCUGGCCAGUCAGCUGCACGGACUACUCGUCGUACGAGCGCUUGAGUCGCGGCGUGGAGGAAGUGGAGCAGCUAGACAUGGCCCUCGCCCUCCAGGACCAGUGCACUUUGCUGGAAUCCCUCAGGUUGAUUGCCGUCCCGCCGAGCAUCCAGACGGGCUCACCAGACCCUGCGAGUGAGAUUGCCAAAGAGACGGAGUCAGGCUUGUCUGAGUUGCGAGCGGCGACGGCGAAAGAGCGAAUCGCCAACGGUAUCAACGGACUGAACGAGCAGCACUACGGCAAACUGUACGAGGCCACUCUGGAGACCACCAGGACCUUAGCCACUGCUCUGGAGCUGGUUAGCCGUGCAAACUCAUCUGACGGCCGCGUCGAAGGUGCGAGAGCGGAAGCCGCAAUGCAGGGAAGCAGACUGGACGGACUCGUGCGGCUUCAAAAGGGACGAACCGCGCAGGGGGCUCAGGAAGAAACGAGUUCAUUAGCAAAAGAGGUCGCCGAAGAGGACUUGGUUCCUUCUCAGGAUUCGCACAACGGUAAGGAAGCGCCGCCGAGGAACAUCGCCGUUGUAUCGGACGUGGUUAGCAUUGCUAACUCAGCCAAUAGCCUUGCUGAAGCGGUGGGAGCAGAAGCCGAUCAGCAGACCCCCAGACUGGUGCACUUUCAGAACGGACAAAUCACAGAUGAGUCCACGGAAGAAGAAAACAUUUUGUUCAUGAAUGGCUGCCUGGAGGUAGUUGCACGGAAGGACUUGGUUGCUCCUCGGGAAGUGGGUCUGUCCCCUCAUGUGGCGCCGCAAGACAGACAAAACCAUAAGCCAGAAAAGUGGAUCCUCCCCAGUGGCCAGAGUCCAGUAGAAACCAAGACAGAGGACAAAGCAGUUGACACCUCAGAUCUGGAACAGGACGACGAUCCCGUCGGGCUCGGAGAAAUCGACCUGAUCACAGCCGCCCUGAUCUUCUGCCUGGAGGAAUCAAGAGAGUACAGAAGGAUCUCGGAUCCCCUCCGCGUGGACGAGCGCCGCACCCACUCGGGCACGCAGACGUUCCCCAUCCCGGCGGCCGUGCUGGUCACGAACACGAGGGUUGGCGACAUGGCGUCCGCGUCCGCCUGCGAUCACGCGUCCCCGCAGAUCCCUUGCCCCAGCCCCUUCCAUACGCUCCGCCUCGGCCUCGUUCUGGAACCGCUGGAGGUCCAGACGCUCCCGCAUAACUACUCCAUCCCCAACAACGCCCGCUACCAGCACAUGUUCCCCUUCGUGUGCGCUCAGUCCUUCCGCCGGGAUGAGUUCUCCUCCCAUUUCACCAACGUCCACGGCGACGUUCACGCCGGGCUCAACGGCUGGAUGGAGCACCGCUGCCCGUUGGCUUUUUACGGCUGCACCUUCUCCCAGCGGAGGUUUUACCCCACGUCCCCGGGGGCCCAGGUGGUCCACAGUAGGCUCCUUCGGUCCUUCGGAGUGCAGCCUCAUCCCGGGGCCCAACUCUCCGGCGAUUCACAGUCGGACCGGUUCAGCGAACUCCCCACCGAGAUUCUGUGGCACAUCGCGGGCUACCUGGACAGCUUCAGCCUGUGCCAACUGUCUCUGGUGUCGCGGACCAUGAGGGAGGUGUGCUCCAGUCUCCUCCACACCAGAGGUAUCGUGGAGCUGCAGUGGGAAAGGAGGCAAAGCGCCGGCGGUCACGGGAGGGUGUCGUGGCAGGUUAAGCACAAAGUGUGGCGGUUCAGCACCGCAUUCAGCCCGGUGCUGAAGUGGGGAUUCACCGACGUCCCCAGCAUGUCAAACCACCUGAAGAAGUGCCAGUACAACACGGUGGCGCACCGGAGCGAGCCGGUGCCCCUCCCUGCCAUGGGUUUGGGGCAGGAGAACUUGACCAAGCUCCGAAAAUAUCGAUGGCCAGAAGAUUGUUAGGAGGCGAUCUAAGCACUCGGGCUGAAAAAGCACUCCAAAAGCAAUGGGGGAGGACAUUAAAUGAUCAUAACGCAAUGAUUGUCGUGUGCUAUGUCUUCUCCAUUAUUCCCAUAAGAACUGUCAAGAUAAAAAUCACUUUGAAAAAAAAAAAAAUCACCAGAACUAUACCGAUUUUUUUGUUGUUGCACACUUGAUUGCCUUAAUGAAAGAACACCUUCCUGCCAACAUGAGUGACUCGUUUAUUUGCAAUAAAGAAUUCCGCCUGAUAGUAUUAUUGCACAAUCUAGUUCCGUGUGACGCAUGGCGCAAGUAAAUCUGUUUAUCGUUGAUGUUGGUUGACAGUACUGUGUGCGACGAAUGUUGGUCUCACCGAUUGAAUGUUACCCCAUGUGGGCCGUGUUGUGAUUUAGUUUUCAGAAUGAUUGCAGCAACUGCAUUUGUAUCGCAUUCAUGGUCAGUUGAGUCAAAUAAAUCUACUUUUUCACA